AUGAUUGCAUGCCGUCUAUUUCUGAGUUGGAAGUUUUGGUUUUCUCUUUUUCUUUUUGGCCAAAAGGACCAAACGCAAUGGGUUAUUAUAAGGUCUUACUAUGUUUCACCUUUCUAAUUCAUAGCUGUCAUGGUGACGCAUGUGUAGACGUUCUUCCGGACUGUCAUGAGUACACGCUGGCUGCUUGUGAGGCCCCCUACCGGCAAUGGGCGUAUCUAAACUGUGCAGCAUAUUGUGGAUUCUGUAAAAAACCUUGUGAUGACGUCAUUAUGGACUGUGAGGAGUAUGGCACCGGGGCAUGCAAAGCCCCGUAUGUGUCAUGGGCGACCAAGAACUGCGCAAAAACAUGUGGAUUCUGUGAUUUGAACAAACAAAAAGCCCAAUGUGUAUACAGUGACUGGAUGACAGUGUCGGAAUGUUCCGUGACGUGUGGGCGUGGUUAUAAAACGGAAGUGAGGUCGUUUACAAAGGUCAAAGACAAAACACCGGGGUCAAAAGACUGCAAAGAAAACUUAGAACGUUACACAGCAUGUGACCUUCAGCCGUGCCACUCAGCCACGGAUCUUUGAAAUCAACAGGAUUUGUCUGGCUCUUUGAGCGAAGACUACGCAAUCGGUGUAUAUUUGGCUUGAAACCAGCGUCAUUUUAACUUGUUUUGACAUAAAAAAAAAAUAGAUCGUUACAUCGUACUGAAAGUCCGAGGUCUUGUUAAAAUGGGUCUAAAUGUCCUAUAAAAAUAAGUGGGUCUUUAUUGUAGGUCAAAAUAAAGAAAACAAAUUACACAGCAAAAACAUUAAACCGAUAUCAAUUUUCUGUGCAUAUGUGUACAGAUAUACAUGUAUAUAUUUAUAUGUUACAAAUCGUAGAUUUCUUGUUGUACAUUCAUUGUUUAAUGAUAUAAAAUAUGUUGUAUAAUAAGCUAGAAUAAUAGCAUAGAGUAGAUGGUACAAUAAAAAUCAUUAUAAUUUA